AUGGAAAUUGUUGGAUCAUGGUUUAAUAUUCUGAGAAGAUUUUUUCAUGAUGGGCUACUUGAAAUUCUAUUUCUGUGUUUUAGCACCAAACUACAUGUGAAGUUUUUUUUUUAUGGGGAACCUUUGGACAUUGUUUUGUCAUCUCUUAGAGGUUUGGUGUUCUCCAAAUGGGUUUUAUGCUAUGCAAGGGACAUACUUGAUAUUGCAGCAGGAAUGGCUGAUCUACAGAGGAGUAGUCUUGGUGAGAGAAAUGUUGAGCAGGCCAUUACAGCCCUGAAGAGAGGGUCAUAUCUAUUAAAGUAUGGGCGCAGAGGGAAGCCAAAAUUCUGUCCAUUUCAUCUUUCAAAUGAUGAAACUGUAUUGAUAUGGUAUGCUGGUAAAAAGGAGAAACAGCUUCGGCUAAGUCAUAUUUCAAGAAUUAUACCUGGACAGCGUACUGCAAUAUUUCAACGGUACCCUCAACCAGAGAAGGAAUAUCAAUCAUUUUCUCUAAUAUAUGGCCACAGGUCCUUGGAUUUGAUAUGCAAAGACAAGGAGGAAGCUGAAAUCUGGUUUGUUGCCCUCAGGGCAUUAAUUUCACGAGGUAACUGUCAAAGAUGGAGAAAUGAAGCAAGUGAUAGUGUAUCAUUAGAUAGUUCAAGUGCCUUUACACAGAGAAACUCUUCAUCAAUUGUUUCAAAUAGCAGCAGCGAGAUAAAUCAUAAGGAUCCAGGGAGUAUUCAAACAAUUCCAGUUCCUUUUGAGAAUCUUCCACAGAAAAGAUUGGGGAGAGCAUUCUCUGAUGUUAUAUCAUCUAAUGCAGCAAUGCUGUGUUUCCCUCAGACAGAUUUUAUUGCCAAUCCUCUCUUCUCACUAUCAUCCGGGGGUGUAGAUGAAAUAAAUGGUCGUAGCUCUGCAGACACUUUUCGAGCCAGUUUCUCCAGUGCUGUAAGUUCAUCCAGCCAGGGAUCUUCUCUUGAAGAUUUUGAUGCUCUAGGGGAUAUUUUUAUUUGGGGAGAAGGAACUGGUGACGGGUAUUUGGGUGGUGGUGUGAAUAGAGUUGGAAAAUCAUCUGCUGACAGAAUAGAUGCACUUUCACCAAAGGCUCUGGAAUCAAUUAUUGUGCUUGAUGCUCAAAAUAUUGCUUGUGGCAGUAAGCAUGCUGUGUUAGUUACCAAACAGGGGGAGAUCUAUAGCUGGGGAGAGGAGUCAGAUGGCAGGCUUGGGCAUGGAGUAGCUGCUGAUGUUUCAAACCCAAAGCUUAUCAAAGCUCUCAGUGGAUUGAACAUUGAAUCAGUAGAAUGUGGAGAUUUUCAUACUUGUGCUGUAACGCGAUCUGGGGAUCUUUAUACAUGGGGUGGUCUUCUUGGACAUGGGAGUGAAGUCAAUUGUUGGACCCCUAAAAAUGUAAGUCGUCAGAUAAAGGGCUUGCAUGUUUCAUCCAUCUCUUGUGGACCUUGGCAUACAGCCGCUGUUACAUCAGUGGGUCAGUUGUUCACGUUUGGUGAUGGAACUUUUGGUGUCCUAGGCCAUGGAGAUCGUAGUGGCACAACCAUGCCCAGAGAAGUUGAAACUUUGAAAGGACGACGGACUGUGAGAGUAUCUUGUGGUGUUUGGCACACUGCUGCAAUUGUGGAGCUUACUACUGCACCUUCAAGUUCUGGUAACCCUUCAAUUGGAAAGCUCUUCACCUGGGGGGACGGUGGAAAAGGCCAGCUUGGACAUGGCGAUAAAGAGCCUAGACUUGUUCCAUCCUGUGUAGCAGUGUUGGAUGACACGAAUUUCUGUCAAGUAGCCUGUGGCCAUUACAUUACAGUUGCUCUUACAACUUCAGGUCGAGUAUAUACAAUGGGGAGUGCUGAUUAUGGACAACUUGGGGUUCCUGGAAGUGCCGGUAAGCUUCCCAAGUGCAUUGAAGGUAAGAUCAGAAAGAAUUUCAUUGAAGAGAUAGCGUGUGGUUCUCAUCAUGUUGCAGCUUUGAGUUCAAGAUAUGAGGUUUACACUUGGGGAAAGGGAGAAAAUGGUCAAUUAGGUCAUGGAGACAAUGAUGACAGAAACACUCCCACACUCGUCCAAGCUCUGAAAGACAAAAGAGUAAAGAGUGUGGCAUGUGGAACCAAUUUUACCGCUGCCAUUUGUCUUCACAAAAGGGUGUGUGAUGCUGAUAAUUUUGUAUGUUCUGGUUGCCAAAAUCCAUUUAGUUUCAGAAGAAAGCGCCAUAACUGCUACAACUGUGGGCUAGUUUUUUGCAAAACAUGUAGCAGUAGGAAAUCUCUGAAAGCCUCUUUGGCACCAAAUAUGAACAAACCUUAUCGUGUGUGUGAUGCUUGCUUUAACAAACUAAAGAAGGCCACGGAAUCCGGAUUGACCUAUAGACUUCCUGAAGUCCCACAUGGAAAUAAGAAUUGCAGUGCUGGUGAGGUAAAAGAGAGAGAGACCCUGGAUCAUAAAUCACACAGCCUAUUAUCUAGGCUCUCUUCAUUUGAUUCAUUCAGACGGCCUGACACCCAAUUUUCCAAGCAGAACAAGACAUUGGACUCCAACAGCAGUCAUAUUUCUCUCUUGCAAAAUGGAAGUCUUCAAAGGAGAAGCUCUUAUACAUCAAUAACUUCUACAAUUGAAAAUUCACAAAGAAUAUCUACACUUGUUCCUGGAUCAGAUCCAGAUUCCAGAGCAGCAUGUCCUAUCUCUACAAAGUCAAGUCCUCCUUGUUUGAUCUCACAUAAAGUGGCUUUCGCUGAGCUUGCAUGUAAUGAAGUGAUUCUUAAUGAUUCAACCAACCCAGAUGACAGUGUCACCAGUGAAAUAUCAAUAUUAAGGGCACAGGUAGAGGAUCUUACUCGUAAAUCUCAACUCCUAGAAGCAGAAAUUGAAAGAACAAGAAGGCAGCUUAAAGAGGCAACAGAUUUAGCCAGGAGGGAAGUAGAGAAAAACAAAGCUGCAAAGGAAGUAAUUGAAUCUCUAAGCUGGCAGGUGAGAAAACUGUAUAGUUCAAAACGUUUAUCAUUGUGUGACCUUUAUUUUCAUCAGCAAUAUUCUUCAAACUUCAGCUCAUAUCUUGUGGUCAUAUUGUUUUCUGUGGUUUGGAAUUUUAUUGUGGCAGCACGUUCUUGA